AGCUGGUGCCUAAUGCAGGAUGGUGGCAGACAACGCUACCAGCGGCGCCCACACUCCACAGCCUCAUCUGAGUGUGACCGACAUUAGCAUCAUCACCGUGUAUUUUGCCCUGAAUGUGGCCGUGGGCAUAUGGUCCUCCUGUCGGGCCAGCAGGAACACAGUGAGAGGUUACUUCCUGGCAGGCCGGGACAUGCUGUGGUGGCCGAUCGGAGCCUCCCUGUUUGCCAGCAGCGAGGGCUCAGGCCUCUUCAUUGGAUUGGCAGGCUCGGGCGCGGCUGGAGGGGUGGCUGUGGCAGGCUUCGAAUGGAAUGCCACGUAUGUGCUGCUGGCCCUGGCAUGGGUGUUUGUGCCCAUCUACAUGUCCUCAGGGAUCAUCACCAUGCCUGAAUACAUUCAGAAGCGCUAUGGAGGCCAGCGGAUCCGCAUGUACCUGUCUGUCCUGUCCCUGCUGCUGUCCGUCUUCACCAAGAUAUCGAUCGACCUGUAUGCAGGGGCGCUCUUUGUGCACAUCUGCCUGGGCUGGAACUUCUACCUUUCCACCGUCCUCAUGCUCGUCAUCACGGCCCUGUACACCAUUGCAGGGGGCCUGGCUGCUGUCAUCUACACGGAUGCCCUGCAAACGCUCAUCAUGGUGGUGGGGGCUGUUGUCCUGACCAUCAGAGCUUUCAACCAGAUCGGUGGGUACGAGCAGCUGGCAGCAGUCUAUGCCCAGGCCAUCCCAACCAGAACCAUCGCCAACACGAGCUGCCACCUGCCGCGCACAGACGCCAUGCACAUGUUCCGAGAUCCCUACACAGGGGACCUCCCGUGGACUGGCAUGACCUUCGGUCUGACCAUCAUUGCCACCUGGUACUGGUGCACUGACCAGGUCAUCGUGCAGCGAUCACUGUCUGCCCGGGACCUGAACCAUGCCAAGGCGGGCUCCAUCCUGGCCAGCUACCUCAAGAUGCUGCCCAUGGGCCUGAUGAUCAUGCCGGGCAUGAUCAGCCGUGCACUAUUCCCAGAUGAUGUGGCCUGCGUGGUGCCGGCUGAGUGUCUGCGGGCCUGUGGGGCUGAGAUCGGCUGCUCCAAUGUCGCCUACCCCAAGCUGGUCAUGGAGCUGAUGCCCGUAGGUCUGCGGGGGCUGAUGAUCGCAGUGAUGAUGGCCGCCCUCAUGUCGUCGCUGACCUCCAUCUUCAACAGCAGCAGCACGCUCUUCACCAUGGACAUCUGGAAGCGGCUGCGGCCCCGCGCAGGGGAGCGGGAGCUGCUGCUGGUGGGCCGGCUGGUCAUCGUGGUGCUCGUCGGCGUGAGUGUGGCCUGGAUCCCCGUCCUGCAGGGCUCCAGCAGUGGGCAGCUCUUCAUCUACAUGCAGUCGGUGACCAGCUCCCUGGCCCCGCCAGUGACCGCCAUCUUUGUCCUGGGCGUCUUCUGGCAGCGUGCCAACGAGAAGGGGGCCUUCUGGGGCCUGAUGGUGGGGCUGGCCAUGGGUGCCACGAGGUUGGUCCUGGAAUUCCUGCACCCGGCCCCGCUCUGUGGUGAGCCAGACAUGCGGCCUGCCAUUCUUGGAGGCAUUCACUACCUAAACUUUGCCAUCGCCCUCUUUGUGCUCACUGGGGCUGUGGUGGUGGCUGGGAGCCUGCUGACGUCACCCCCGCAGACUGUUCAGAUUGAGAACCUGACCUGGUGGACGCUGGCUCGGGACCAGGCCCUGGGAGCCAAAGCAGAUGAUGGCCAAACACCCCAGAAGCACGCUUUCUGGGCCCGCGUCUGUGGUUUCAAUGCCGUCGUCCUCUUGUGUGCCAACAUCUUCCUCUAUGCCUAUUUCGCCUGACGCUGCCACCUGGGCAGGAAGGCAGGAGCUCUCAGCGUCCUCAGGCACCUCCCUGAUCAGGACUCUGAGGCCCAGAGAGGGGCUGGCUCCCCUCGCAGCUGCGUGGCCGGUCAGUGCCAAGAAACUUACCAAGCUCCCAAAGCAGGUACCCUGAAAAAUCAGGGGCAGGGGCAGCAGGGAGAAAGAAUGUGACAUUUCAAAAUAGUGCAUAGUAGUCAUAAAUGGAAAGAAUAUCCUUAUACUA